GUCGAUGAUUUCACAUUGCCAGAAAAUGGAUGGACAUGCCAUUUUUAAGUUGGUGCAAGGCCAGGGCAUCAACAUUUUGUUGAGUGAGUUGAGAAGGUAUAAAAGGAUUCUCUUCCCACAUCUGAGAGAAUCCUCGCAGAAUAAAGAUGAGGAUGCUGACAUUUUGGCAGCUGAAGAUGACAGUGCCAGAGAUGGGGCUCUCAAGAUUACACUGCAUGUCUUAAAGGAAAUGGGCCUCUGUGAGCUUGCUAACAGAUUGGAGAGCCAGAUUUAUGGUGAACUUGAUGUCUGCCAGCACAAACUCAAACACAAACUGAAGACGCAAAACUACAUUUGUGAGGGAAUAGCAGAGCAAGGUAAACGAACCCCCCUCAGCAAGGUGUAUACUGAGCUGUACAUCACAGAAGGAAACAGUGGAACCAUCAUCAAUGAACAUGAGGUCAGGCAGAUUGAAAAAACAACCAGGAAACCCGUACUGCAAGAUAAGCCAAUCAAAUGUGAAGACAUCUUUAACCCUAUACCUGGGCAAGACGAAGGUAUCAGAACUGUCCUGACAAAGGGAAUUGCUGGCAUUGGAAAAACUGUUUCUGUACAGAAGUUUAAUCUGGACUGGGCCGAAAGAAGGGUCAAUCAGGACAUCGAUCUCCUGGUUAAUCUUCCUUUUCGGGAGCUGAAUUUGAUUGCGGGGAGAAACUACACUCUCAUCCAGCUUGUUCAUCAUUUCCUUGCGGAAGCAAAAGAAGCCGGAAUUUUAGAUUUUAGCAAAUAUAAGCUUGUGUUUAUCUUCGAUGGCUUGGAUGAGUGCCAACUUCCCCUGAACUUUGACCACAAUCAGACCUGCCGUAGUGUCUCACAGCCGGCCCCAGUGGAUGUACUGCUGACAAACCUCAUCAUGGACAAUCUGCUGCCCUCCGCACACAUCUGGAUUACCUCUCGCCCUGCAGCCGCACAACGCAUUCCAGCUCGAUUUGUUAAUCGUGUGACAGAGAUCCGUGGAUUCGGUGACCCCCAGAAGGAGGAGUACUUCAGAAGAAAAAUCACUGAUCAAAACAUGGCCGAUGAAGUGAUCUCACACAUCAAGAAAUCCAAGAGCCUCAAUAUCAUGUGUUACAUACCAGUCUUUAGCUGGAUAUCUGCCUCUGUUUUGGAGAGCAUUUUAGAUGAAAGAGAGAAGAAAAAGGAGGGGGGCAAAGGAGACAUACCUCAGACUCUGACAGAAAUGUACACACAGUUUUUGGUGUUAAAUACAUCCAUGAAAAAACGGAAGUACUCAGCAGGAGAAGACGCAGCUGAAACAGAGUCCCAGGUGAAAACAGAUGAAGAGACGAUCUUGAAACUGGGAAGACUGGCCUUUGAGCACCUGAAAAAGGGCAACAUGAUUUUCUACGAGGAGGACUUAAGAGAAUGCAACAUUAAUGUGACUGAUGCCGCUGUACAUUCAGGUCUGUUCACACAGAUCUUUAAGAAUGACGUGGGAUUGCACCAGACAAGAGUGUACUCCUUUGUACACCUCAGUGUUCAGGAGUUUCUUGCUGCAUUGUACGUGUUUCACGCAUUUAUGUGCUGCCAUCAGAACCUGCUGGGACCACAGGAAGCCACAGCUGUCAAGCCAGAAACCAGAGAGUUAAGCAUCCUGCACAAGAGUGCAGUGGAUAUGGCCGUGCAGAAUGAGAAUGGAGACCUAGAUCUUUUUCUGCGUUUCCUCCUUGGACUCUCACAGACGUCUAAUCAGAGUCUGUUGCAGAGUGUACUGACUACAGUUGGGAGCAGUUCACAAAGCAACACGGAGACAGUUGAGUACAUCAAGGAGAAGACCAGACACCGUCUCCCUCCAGAAAGAUGCAUCAAUCUCUUCCACUGUCUCAGUGAGCUCAAUGAUAAGUCUCUCCUGGAUGAGAUCCAAACCUACCUGAGCUCAGGUAGUUUAUCAGAGACCAAACUUUCAGAUUCACAGUGGUUUGCUUUGGUCUUUGCGCUGCUGACUUCUGAGGCAGAAUUGGACGUGUUUGACUUGAGGAAAUAUUCCCGAUCAGAAGAGGGUCUUCUGAGGCUGCUGCCAGUGAUCAAAGAGUCCAGAGUAGCAUUGCUUAAAGAAUGCAGCCUCACAGGAGAAUGCUGUAAAGCUCUUGCAUCAACUCUCAGCUCAAACACUUGUCUAAGAGAGCUGGACCUGAGUGACAAUGAUCUGCAAGACUCAGGAGUACAGCUGCUGUGUGAUGGACUGUCAAAGCCAACAUGUCAACUGGAAAAGUUGAGGCUGCCCUUCUGUGGAAUCACAGAGGGGGGCUGUAAGUUUUUGGAUUCAGCGCUGAGGUCCAACCCCUCCCACUUGAAAGAACUGGAUCUCAGUUAUAAUCAUCCAGGUGAAUCAGGAGUCGAGCUGCUGACUGCUCUACAAAAUGACCUUCCACAACUCACUGUCAGCUUGACAGGAAAUGCAGAGUGGUUCUUAAAAUCAGCUCUGAAGAAAUAUGCAUGUGAGCUCACACUGGACAAAAACACCGCCCAUUCACAGCUCUCUUUUUCUGAAGACAACAAAGAGAUGACGAGAACGGAAACCGCACAGCCGUUUCCAGACAACCCUGAGAGAUUUACAGACUGGGGACAGGUGCUUUGUAAAGAGGGUCUGACGGGUCGUGCCUACUGGGAAGCAGAGUGGACAGGCGAAUGGACAGGUAUAGGUGUUGCAUAUAAAGGAAUCAGCAGGAAAGCAAAAGGCAAUGAUUCUGUUCUUGGAUGUAACGAUAAGUCCUGGAGUCUGCGUUUCUGUAACGGUAAAUACACCGCCUGGUACAACAAGAACGAUGAGGCCAUAUCCGUCCCCUACUUCAUCACCAAAAGAGUUGGAGUGUAUUUAGACUGGCCGGCUGGCACGCUGUCCUUCUACGCUGUGUCGUCAAACUCAAUGACUCACCUGCACACAUUGCAUGCUAAAUUCACCGAGCCGCUCUACCCAGGCUUUAGGCUGGGAUUUGCAGACACCUCAUUAUCUCUGUGUCAGGUAGAAUACCCACCCAACGCUACAGCAUGAACACCGGCUUAACCUCGGUGGGGAAAGGGGUGGUUGUGCCAGAGGAUUUAGUAAAGUUCUGUUGAUGUAGCCGUACCAGUUGUUGAUAAUAUAAUAUAUGAUGCUAGACAAGUCUUGUGGCAUCACCAGCACGAGAUUAGUGGAUGAAGGGGUGGAUUUGACUGUUGAAGCCCUACGGGGUUGGA